AUGGCGGACGAAGAUGCAAACCCGCAAGUGAAGAGAAUCAAAUUAUCCCCUGCCAAGCCGGCGUUGGCAUCUCUGCACCGGUCCAUCAGUCCCCCUCUGUCCUUGUCCUCUUCUCCGCGAAUCGUCCGUUCCCCCUUCCAAUUGACGCACAUUCGCGACCUAGCGUCGUCCGCCCACAAUGGGGACACGGUCCGGUUGCGCGAUCUUCUGGGGGAUCCGAUGAUUCGGGAGUGCUGGCAGUUCAAUUACCUGAUUGAUGUAGACUUUUUGAUGCAGCAGUUUGACGAGGAUGUUCGGGGGUUGGUGCAGGUAAAGGUAGUGCACGGGUCGUGGAAGAAGGAGGCGCCCAAUCGCGUGGCCAUCGAUGAAGCAUGUUCUCGGUAUCCUAAUGUCGAGCCGAUUGUGGCCUACAUGCCCGAGGCGUUUGGGACGCAUCAUUCCAAAAUGAUGAUUUUACUUCGACAUGAUGAUUUUGCCCAGAUCAUCAUCCACACCGCCAAUAUGAUCCCCGGUGACUGGACGAACAUGUGCCAGGCCGUGUGGCGGUCUCCUCUCCUGCCAUUGCAGAAACAAAGUGAGGACUCCUCCCCGUUGACGACGACGGUCCUGGGUAACGGCUCGCGCUUUAAGCGGGAUCUCCUGGCGUAUCUGAGUGAGUAUGGACCCAGGAAGACCGGAUCCCUUGUGAGUCAGCUGCGCCAGUACGAUUUUCGUGCGGUGCGCGCCGCCCUGGUCGCCAGUGUACCGUCCAAACAGAAAAUGACGUCCCUUGACUCCCGGAAGAAGACCCUGUGGGGAUGGCCGGCCUUGGAGGAUGUGAUUCGGAAUGUCCCUACGGAGGGUGGGGAGAUGAAGACUCCGCAUAUUGUUUGUCAGAUGUCCUCCGUUGCUUCCCUCGGUCAGACAGAUAAAUGGCUAAAAGAAGUAUUCUUCCACGCCCUCUGUCCAACAGGGGAACGAGGAAAAGACCACCAAAAACCCAACUAUUCCAUUAUCUUCCCCACCGCCGAUGAAAUCCGCCGAUCACUGAACGGGUACGCAUCCGGCGGAUCCAUCCACAUGAAGAUCCAGACUGCCGCGCAGCAGAAACAGCUACAGUAUCUGCGGCCGUACCUGCGGCACUGGGCCGGAGAUUCAUCUACAUCUACAUCUGACACGGAGAUGAAAUUGAAGAAAAAAAGAGACGCAGGACGUCGUCGUGCCGCACCGCAUAUUAAAACGUAUAUCCGGUUCACGGAUGACGAAAUGACCAAGAUCGACUGGGCGAUGCUGACCUCGGCGAAUCUCUCGACGCAGGCAUGGGGAGCGACCGUCAACGCACACGACGAGGUGCGCAUCUGUAGUUGGGAGAUUGGGGUGGUGGUGUGGUCGCAGUUAUUUAUUGACAAUAAUGCUAAUAAUGCAGAGAGACGAUCGUCGGCGAUGAUCCCUACCUUCCAGCAAGAUCUACCAGAUCGAAUUACCUCUGACUCUGUGGUGGUCGGACUCCGUAUACCCUACGAUCUACCGCUGACAUCCUACGAAAGAGACGAGGAACCCUGGUGUGCCACGACGGAAUAUAGGGAGCGAGACUGGUUAGGACAGACGUGGAUGUAG